AAGUGGAAUUAUUGAAUGAAGCUGCCAAAAUGGAAAAAGAAAAAAUAAGGACUAUUCAAGACCAUAUCAUCAAAGAAAGGGAAGAGAUUGAAAAGAGAGUCCAGAGUCUCCAAGACCAUCCCAGAAAAAGCAGAUGGUAUCGUAGAGAGAGUCAAUGUCCAGAUCAGAGACCUCAGGAUGAAGCUGGAUAACUUGGAUAAUCGUGUUCUGAAUGAGAUUACCAAACAAAGCGAGCAGGUGUCACAGUCUGUCUCUGAUCUGAUCCAACAGCUGGAAUCGAAGAAGGACAGUCUAUCCAGGAGAAUCUCUACUAUAGAAGACCUAUGUCAGAUAAGUGAUCCUCUACUUUACUUACAAGCAGACAGACAUGGUUUUGCUGAUGUUAUGGGGGAUGGUGACAGGAACCUCAAAGAGAUUAAAGCAGAGGAUCUGGCUGAAGAUCUGAUCAUCAAGACCCUGAACUCUGGUAUGAUGAACAUAAUGUGCGGCCUACAGAAGGGUUACUAUGUGCAGGAGGCUUCCGGCAUAUUACUGGAUGUGAACACUGCUUCUAAUGAUGUAAAGAUCUCAGAUGACCUGAAAACUGCGUCCUGGUCGAAAGCAAAUAUGGGCCGUCCCAAAAUCCCUGAGAGAUUUGAGAAUUAUAUAGUUUUAAGCAUGAAGGGUUUUUCUGACUGUAGACUAUACUGGGAUGUAGAAGUAAGUAAGAUGGGAGCAUGGAGAGUCGGGAUGACGUAUCUCAGUAUAGAAAGAAAAGGAGACUGUUCAAACAUUGGAAAUAAUAUGAAGUCAUGGAGCCUACGCUGCUUAAAGAAUCAGUAUUCAAUAAGACAUGGUGGGAAAGAAAUCUUAUUGUCUCAACCUUCCUGCUAUAAAGUGAGGAUUUAUCUGGAUUAUACGGCUGGCCUGCUGUCUUUUUAUGAGCUGGGUAACUCCAUAAGACAUCUAUAUACUUACAGUACCAGCUUCACAGAGGCUCUAUACCCGGUGAUCGCUGUAUGGGAUGAUGCUUGGGUGAAGGUCUUAUAUUAGCAAUGUUUCAAAAUCUGUUAAAUCAGACCCUCCCAUUACUACUGAUACUAAUACAGUGGAAAGGUUAUGUUUAUUAACAAUCACGGUUAUCAUAAAUGGAAUAUUAAAUGGAAUCUAGAUGCUACAGGACCAGCCUAAGGGUACAUUCACACGUGUAUUUUGCUGCAGAUUUUCUGCUGCUUAUUUUUCUACCCAUGGAAGUCACUCUGAAGAAACUCUGCAACAAAAUCCACACGUGUGAACGUACCUUAACUUGUAUUACUGGAUAAGUACAUAAAAUAUUAAAUAUGUUGCUAGAAUUGUUUUGCACAAAAGCUAAAUCCGUGUGUGCUAUAGCCUAGAGCUGCAUUCACUAUUCUGCUGUUUGUGAUUAGAAAGUAUCAGCAGUCUUUUCAUCGGACACAACCUUCAUAGUUUAGGUAAGAUACAGUACUGCCCAAACUGUUUGUCUUUCCAGCUUCUUAAGUACGGUGUUUGGGGUAAAGAUUACCACUACCUAUAUUUCCUAAAAUGCAAGUUUAGUGUAGACCCUGAACAAGCCAGGAACGAUGGAAGAUUUCAGGGUUGUGAAUGUAUCUAUGGAGUACAGGCUGUAACUCAGAAUCAAUGUUCUACGUGAGGUAUGAACACCGUGGCUGCAACAGCAGAAAGACUAAAGACUGUUAGGAUAAGUAAUGUACAGUGUUACUUUAUGUCCCGAGUUACAUCCGGUAUUAUACUCCAGAGCUACAUAACAAAUUACUAUCUUGUACUUAUCCUAAAUAAAGCCCUAUUCAUACUGUAUUUUUGCAAUAGGUGGAUCUUCUUGGGCCAUUAAAAUGAGGCCCGCAGGGGUAUGCUAUAGUAUAUGUCAGCUCCUUUUUUAAUUUCUUUUGAUUUAAAUUUUUUUUUUCUCUUUCAUGAACAACUUGAUUCAUGUUAUUUGGUCACACUGGUGACAGACUAUUGUGAUUUCUGCAGGGUCAGGAACUGGUAGUAUAUUCUGUAUCCAGUCCUGUAAAUCAGCAUUGUAUAGAGCCACAAUCUAUUUGUACUUUUUGUGUUUUGUGCACCACAGCAUUAAAAUAAACUUCUGUUUGACAAUUAUUUGAUAUUUGAUUAUUUGAUAUUGAUUUUUACCACUAUACAAAAAAAAUGUUGCCCCAGUGGGGAACAAACAUUGUUGA